AUGGUGUUAAAGGGCGCUGAAGUUGCCGAGCACAACAAUGCCGACUCGUGCUGGGUCAUUGUUCACGGCAAAGCGUAUGAUGUGACAGAGUUUCUGCCAGAACACCCUGGAGGUAAAAAGAUUAUCCUAAAAUACGCUGGCAAAGAUGCCACCGAAGAGUACGAGCCCAUCCACCCUCCCGACACCCUCGACAAGUACCUCGACGCCUCCAAGCACCUCGGCCCCGUCGACAUGGGCACCGUCCAGCAGGAGGAAAAGGAGGAGGACCCCGACGAGGCCGCGCGCCUAGAGCGCGUCGAGCAGAAACCGCUGCUGUCGCAGUGCUACAACCUGCACGACUUUGAGGCCGUGGCGAGGAGGGUCAUGAAGAAGACGGCUUGGGGAUACUACUCGAGUGCCGCCGAUGACGAGAUUACUAUGCGUGAGAACCACAGCGCCUUUCACCGCAUCUGGUUCCGCCCCCAGAUUCUCGUCGACGUGGAGAACGUCGACAUCACCACCACCAUGCUCGGUGACAAGACCGACAUCCCCGUCUACGUGACCGCCACUGCCCUCGGCAAGCUGGGCCACCCCGAGGGCGAGGUGGUGCUGACCCGCUCAUCGGGCAAGCACAACAUCAUCCAGAUGAUCCCGACUCUCGCCUCAUGCUCGUUUGACGAGAUCAUCGACGCUGCCUCUGGCGAUCAGGUGCAGUGGCUGCAGCUCUAUGUUAACAAGGACCGCGAUAUUACGCGCAAGAUUGUGCAGCAUGCUGAGAAGCGUGGCUGCAAGGGCUUGUUCAUCACGGUUGAUGCGCCGCAGCUGGGACGUCGUGAAAAGGACAUGCGCUCCAAGUUCACCGACCCGGGCUCGCACGUCCAGGAGGGUCAGGAUACGGAUAACAGCCAGGGUGCCGCCCGUGCUAUCUCGACUUUUAUCGACCCUGCCCUGAGCUGGAAGGACAUCCCCUGGUUCCAGAGCAUCACGUCCAUGCCCAUCGUCAUCAAGGGCGUCCAGCGUGUUGAGGAUGUGCUCAAGGCCGUCGAGUACGGCUGCCAGGGUGUUGUCCUGUCCAACCAUGGCGGUCGUCAGCUCGAGUUUGCCCGUUCCGCCGUUGAGAUCCUUGCCGAGACGAUGCCCGUCCUGCGGGAGAGGGGCCUUGACUCUAAGAUCGAGGUGUACAUCGACGGUGGAGUGCGGCGCGGAACAGAUAUUCUCAAGGCGCUGUGCUUGGGCGCUCGCGGUGUCGGUAUCGGCCGACCCUUCCUCUACGCCAUGAGCGCCUACGGAGAGCCUGGUGUCGAUCGCGCCAUGCAGCUGCUCAAGGAUGAGCUGGAGAUGAACAUGCGUCUCAUCGGCUGCAACCGCAUCGACGAGCUUCACCCCGGCCUCCUCGACACGCGGAGUCUGUUCCAGCACUCCUCCAUCCCCUCCGAUAACCUGUCGACGACAGUCUAUGACCCCCUGGCCGUGCCAGCCCAGAGGCCCAAGGCCAAGCUGUAG